UUGCCAGGAUAUAACAUAGACCCUGAAAAAAAUAUGGCGGGGACUCUUCUUCAAUGUCAGCGCGACUUCGGCAAUGUGCCCGUCGACAUCAUUCUCACGGCUACGUAUCAAGUGUCGAUAGACGCAUUCGCACAGACGAAGACGAAAGCAUUUCCCAAUGGGAUCCUCUCCACGCGGAUUCCAGAGAUUGUCAACGAUGCAGUAAGGGUUGCAGAAGAAGCAAAGUGCAAGGGUGCAAAAGUCGCACUGAGCAUUGGUCCCUAUGGAGCCACCAUGAAGCCCUGCCAGGAAUACAGUGGCCAGUACGAUAACGCUCAUCACUCGCUAGAUGCGUUGCACCAUUGGCAUAGGGAGCGUAUGAAGCUGUUAGCAGGUAUCACAGACAUACGGCCGAGGCUGGGCUACCUCUCACUGGAAACAAUCCCCCGCAUCGAUGAGAUCAAAGCAAUGAGAAAAUUCCCAGAUGCCACGCCUAAGCUAGCCGAAAUACCCUUCUGGAUGGCCUGCGUGUACUCUGAUGCCGCGGAGACGCUACCAAGCGGUGCCUCAGCUGAAGAAGCUGUUGACGCAACUGUCAACUUCUACCCGUGCAUAUUGAGCAAGAGCCUUCGUGAUGUAUUAACCCUCGUCAAGCUCUUCAAUGAUUUUCAUUGGUUAAUUGAGCUCUCCACGCUUACCUAG